CACUUUAAAUGAAAGUGAAAGAUGAAUGCCAGUUUAAAAAAAUUAAUGUCAAAAAUACGAAAAUGAGGACAACGCUAUUAGUCCUUUCAGUCCUUUACCAGAUUUGCUCCUGCUACAAUGGCAAUGAACCGUCUUCGCCCAUUUCACCAGGACCAUUUUCCCGGUGGAAAAGUAGGAAUAUCAUGUACACGAAGGAUUUCGACUGGUGCACCCUAAAUUGCGAGGCGGAAAAACAUGUUGGAUGCAUACAUAAAGGCAAUUGCACACCGAUCAGGCCUUGCGUAAUGCCGAAAUACAAUCCGGCAGACAUUGUUGAAGAGCAUAACAAACUAAGAAAUAAAUUUGCUAAAGGUGAGACAGAACAAGCAAGCGGAGUGACUGCCUCGAACGUGAUGGCUCUCGAUUGGGAUUGGGACUUAGCGUACUUGGCCGCGUGCAAUCUAAAGAACUGCGUAAACGAAAUGAAACAUGACUUCUGCCACAGGACUGAGAAACACAAUGCUACAGGACAAAAUUUGGGCUGGUCAAAGGGAUUUAAGGAGCCCUGCGAGAAGCGAUUAACCAUUAUGGUGAACGAGUGGUUUGACCACGUAAAAACCCUGACCGCGGAUCAAAUUAAAGCAAUGACAGCCGAUUUUCAGAGAACUCCUGACGGCGGUCCUUUCACCCAAUUAGUGUGGGCCGAAGUAUCCCACGUCGGUUGUGCCCUUACGAGUAAAAAGGAAGGAGCAGAUACCGUUUGUUUAUUGACAUGUAACUACGGCCCGGGUGGCAAUAGCCUUGGAGGAUCGAUGUAUAAAGCAGGCGCAGCGGCCAGUGAAUGUCCAAGUGGAGUAUCUGCUAAUGCUAAAUAUCCAGGACUAUGCGGAAAAGGAUACAAAGCAACUGAUGAUCCAUACAGUUUAAAUGCUGUAGCUAGUAUUUAUGGCAAAUGUAACUUUCUUUUAAUAUUGCUUAUUACAUAUACAUGGUUCUAGUUGUUUUUACAGCUGA